AUGGCUCUUCCUGCUUGGGCAAAAUACGUUAUUGCUUUCUGUACCUGUCAAUGCUGGUGUCCUUUCUAUAUGUUCUUGAAUGCAUAUAUCCGUACCUGCAAUUUGUGCUUCGAUACGAUUUCGAAAGCUAAAAGUACAUUAUGGAAAAUUUUGGCUUGUCUUUUCUUCUGUUGUUGCUGUGGUAUUAUUGAAUGUGUUUUCUGUAUUUUCGGUAUUGUAUAUCUUUUCUAAGGACCUUGUGACAGUUUUGUUAACAAUAGCGAUUUCCGUAAAGGCUAUAUUGCUCUCGUUUCAGGUGAUAAUUUCCCGAUUGAAAAUUCGAUCAAAUCAAGUGUUCAGGGCAUUUUCUGCAAAUGA